CAUGUAAACAGGGUUUGUGUCUGAGGCGUACAGGGUUCUCCACCAGGUAGAAACCCAUUGAGAACUCAUUAGGACCGGGUGUGUUAAAAGCAGCUCACAUGUGCAUAGUGUACACACAUACGUGUACAGCAUAUAUACAGUACUUCUACAUAUUGACACGCCAGUGUACAACACAGGCCUUUGGCUCUAGACCUAUUACUUGUGAGAUGUUCUCAUUCGGUGGGACUUAUUCAUCAUACUGUUUGAAAAUUAAUUUUAUGAAUCAGGAUAUGGUGGUUCCCGAAUAAAUUACCUGUGGAGUUUUUCCUGUUAAAAUAUUCACAGAAUCUCCUGGUCACACACAGGGAAACAUGGAGAGGGGACAAGACUUUACAGGAGUAGCUAUGGAACCUGUCUUUAAUAUUAAUCUUGAACAUGAUGCAGGUGGCAGUCAAUACAGGUCGGACCAUGGAGAAUUUGGCAAUGAAAUGAGGCAUCAAAAAACACGUAACUCUAGUAGUGAUGGAGGAGCUACAUUGGUUCGGAGAAGACGAAAAUCUUCGCGUCUUCGAGGAGAAGAUGGUCAAUAUGAAGAUUGGGAUGAGGAGGAAUCAGACUUGUUGCCAAGCUUACGAUACCAACAGCGUUCUCGUACAAAAUCCUUGAAACAACGACAUAAAGAACUGCAAAAUGAGCAUGAACAAUUUCAUAAUAAUAGACCACAGACACUACGAGAACGCUACACCGAGAUGAAGGAACGAGAAGAAGUGACAGCUGGCAACUUGGCCAGCUUGAUGAGAGACUCCACGCUUACCAGAAUGAAUCGGUUACACGUGGGCACAGAAUCCAAGACAUGGUUUAGAUUGAAACAGAGAAGUAAAGAUGUCAUGCAGUACUUCACUAUAUGGCUGAGUGUAUUCAAAGAAAUUGAAGGCUCAUAUGGGACAGCAAUCAUGACAUACUUUCGAUUCAUAAAGUGGCUGAUGUUUCUCAACUUUUACAUCAUGAUUAUAAUGUUUGGAGUGAUCACGGUGCCAUACUUAGCCCUGGGGCCUUACGAGUUUCAGGAAUCUGUGAGUUCCGAUGUGGGCGGAUACCUGGAAUCUGUUAACUGUACAUUGGAUUACAUUGACUAUAAUAUCAACUACACAGAGUCAGAAUCCACAUUUGAGAAAGUUCUUGACGUUCUACAGGGAACAGGUUGGAUGGAGAGGAAGCUGUUGUUUUAUGGGGUGUACUUCAACAAGACUUACACUUCUGGGGAGGAUACACAUGUUUACAACAUGAGCCUUGCCUAUCUACUGGCUGUGGGGGCCAGCUUUGUCAUCAGUUUCAUCUUACUUGUCAAAAAUUCUGCAAAAAAUGUAAAGGUGACCCUUGGGAUAGAGAAGACUGUGGCUCAGUACAGUAACAAAGUAUUUGCUGGUUGGGAUUAUUGUAUAAAGGAAGACCGCGGCGCCAACACCAAACGAGCCAACAUUAAAACUGAUUUAAAGGCUGACCUCCUGGAGCAGAGACUUAAACUUAAGCUAUCCAAGCAGACAAUGAAGGAUAAGUGUCAACUAUAUACCAUUCGUGUGGCGAUCAACAUCCUCGUGCUUGCUCUCCUAGGGGGUGCCUGCUACCUCAUUGCCUUCACCACAGAGAAGAUGUUGGAUUUGUUGAAGAAUGACCUGUCGGACAUCCUUGCUCUCUUUGUACAAUAUGUGCCUUAUAUUACCAUCACAGCACUCAACCUCCUCCUGCCACUUGUCUUUCAAAAACUAGCUCAGUUUGAACGUUAUUUCCACGAAAAUGAGAUUAAAAUUACUUUGACAAGAUCAAUAUUACUACGACUGGCAUCCCCAAUUGUUCUGAUAGCAAUUCUGUACCAGCAGCUUAUUGGGGAGGGAGAGGAGGAGGAUCUUGGACGUUGUGGUAAUACUCGAUGGUCGAGUACAUCAGGGGGGACCGUCAAAGGCAACGUCAAGUGCUGGGAGACAUACGUCGGACAACAGAUCUACAAACUGGUAUUGUUGGAUCUGAUCGUGGAGACAGGCAUUGUACUGUUUGUACACCUGCCACGCAGAUUGGUAUUCAAUCGAUUUAGUUCAAGAAGCAAGCUUAUCAAACUGAUUGGAGCUCAAGAGUUCAGUGUACCUAUCAAUGUAGUAGAUAUCAUUUAUAGUCAAAUUCUCUGCUGGCUGGGUUUGUUCUUCAGUCCCAUCAUUCCGUUUAUGACAUUUGUCAAGUGCUUCCUUUUCUUCUAUGUCAGAAAGUUUUCCUUGUCAAACAGUCGUAUAGAAGACCGUCCAUUUAGGACGUCACGCUCCAACUCUCUGUUUAUGACUGUAUUGCUGCUGUCAUUUAUACUGGCUGCACUUCCCAUCGGCUACAUGAUUGGAACCAUCUCUCCAAGUCAGAGUUGUGGGCCUUUCCGUGUGUAUAACUCCACAGAGAGUGUCAUGUUUGAUACUAUUUCAAACACUGUACAACAAUGGCCACCAGUAGCCAAGGAGAUUUUCUACUUUGUGGGUACAGCAGGUUUCCUGGUCCCUGUGAUCAUUGUUAUGUGUCUACUAAUGUAUUACUACUGGCUUCUUGGGUCAGGCUACAAAAGGACAGAAAAACUACUUCAACAACAAUUAGUACUGGAGGGUCGAGAUAAAAACUACCUCCUGGGACGAGUGAAGGAGUACAAAUUGCUGCGACCGAGAGAAGACUCAGAGGAUGUGUUUGAUUUUAGGCAGGCUGAUGUUCUAGCAGGCACAUAAUAAUUAUAAUCCCUACUUACUCUAGGGAUCUCAAAUAUACUCAGGGUGGGGUCAAGUCUACAAUUUGUUAUACCUAAAAGUGAUCAUUCCUGCCUUGCUGUAAUGUUGGAGGAUCCGUCUAAAGGUUUAGAGUUGCAGCACAGGUAUUUCAUGUGGUUUUUAUAUCGUUACAUGUAGACUUUACAUAAGGAGACAUUUAUUUCUUUAUACAAACAUGUUAAGUUAUGUUCUCAGUGAAGAUUCAAUUUUUAAUACUGCAUGCAUUUAUAGAAAAAAGAUUAGCUGAAGGAAGAUUUAUGUUAUAACCAAACAAAAAGGUAUCCAGAUAGUGUAUUAUACUUUUAACUGUACAUAAUAGUAGUUGUAAAGACCAAUAAAUUAUUGAAUUUGAUGUUAUCAACGAAUCUUCAUCAGCUGAUUUUGUCAUGUCUGCCUGAUGUCAUAAUCUGCGUGAAUUAUGAAAACUGCCAGAUAUUUGUGUACUGUUGAUCAGUAUUUAUGAAAUAAAAAAAAUUAGUUUUGGAUCUAGUAAAGAUAAUGUUUAAAUGUAAAUACAUAUAACAGUACAACAGACUUGACUGUAUGGUCAGUAUCAAUGAGGAUCCUUUAAAACACUACUGUUGAUUUGUGAAGGGCUAUGGCUAGAUAAGAUAGUUAGAGGUUGGCAAGACCAGAUAUCUAUUUCAAUCUAUCACCUGAAAAGUUUAUUAUUUGUGAUAUCACUUUUAUUGACCUGGAAAGGCUAAUUGUAUAAAACAACAUAUAUACCUGAUUACUUUGAUCAUGCUCCUGAUGAAAUUAGGAUAAUAUCAUAUCAGAAAGUGUUUGUAUGUCUAGUUUUACUGUCUGUUGUACCUGUUUGACACAAUUUUGUAUGGUAUUACUUUAACAUUUCUUGUUAUUUCAACAGAAUUUAUGUUUUCAUUAUAAAGGUAUUUUAAUCAUGUAUUGUAAUUUUACUAUAAUCUGGAUAUGCUUGCUUUUCUGUUGAUUUUUGUUUUUUCCAAAGAACUAUUUUUCAAUCAAAGAACUAAGUGUUCAGUGCUGCUGACAAUUUCAAUAACAAUCUAUAAUGUAAUAAAAAUCAAAUUAUGCACAAUUUACUUGAUUAUAUAUAAGACUACAUUAUGUAUAUGUAAUAAAAAUAAUUAAUUUGUGUAGAUCUGUUGGACUUCCCAUUCUGUAUGUAUUGUUAUAUAUAUCUAUAGAAUUAUAUAUGAAAUUGAAGCAUCUGACACAUCAAUCUUUAAACGGAAUAUCAUCAGAUUUUGAGUUUGAAGCAUCUGACUCAUCAAUCUUUAUACAGAAUAUCAUCAGAUUUUGAAUUCUUUAAGAUAUAUCUUCAUGUGCUGUUUAUUGUUGCUUGUUUUUUCAUUGUGUUGGACCUUUUGUUCACAAGUACAACUUACUUACAAUUUUCUACAAAGCAUAAAUACUAUCAUGUCUUCCUCUCCAUAGAAUAAAUGUCUUUCAAUUUUAUACCUGAGUUCUGGAAUUUGUUUCCCCAGAACAGAAUUGUUCAGAUAAAAAUGUCUUUUAAUGUUGUUAUGUUAUUUUAUUACAAUUACACAUGGAUUUGAUGUACUGUACCUAUCUCUUUUGUACUAUUGGCAUCACUCAACAAUCCUGCUGUCAAGACAUUUGGUAUCAUCAUAAAUUAGUGAUCUACGACAACACUAAUUGAUAACUAUUAAUUAAUUACAGUCCAGUGCAUCAAAUGAUUAGUAGUAAUAAGGAUAUAUUAAAGAUAUCAAUAAAAUUAUUUUU